UCAUGUCACACGCCCCCGGGCCUGUCGCCCAGCGCCCUCGCGCUCUUCCGGUCACCGGGGCGGGGCAGGCGGCGGCGGGCUCUUACUGCCGCACUCGUACCUCUCCCCUCUGGCGACACUUGCUCUGGGCCAUGGCGGCGGCGUGGGGACGGUGCGUGUCUCGGGCAUGGCUCUGCAGAACGGCCUGGCAGGGCUGCGGCCGAAACUACCGCGCCGCGCUGUGCGCCGAGUUGAAGCGGCCCCUGGUCAUUGAGGAGGUGACCCCUCGCCCUGUCCAGCCGCACGAGGUCAGAGUUAAUGUUCAUUUCUGUGGGAUUAACUUUGCUGAUAUUUUGGCCUGUCGGGGUCAGUAUCAGGAGAGGCAUCAACUUCCCUUCACACCCGGAAUGGAGUUUUCUGGGAUGGUAUUGGAGACAGGCACAGAUGUCAGCACGGUGAAAGAGGGAGAUCGAGUCAUUGGCCUGCCUGACUUUAGUGGUAUGGCUGAAGAAUGCAUCAUUGACCACAAGAACCUGUGGCAGAUUCCAGAAAAAGUGUCCCUCCGAGAAGCUGCUGCUCUGCCCGUGUCGUAUGGCACUGCUAUUUUCGCCCUGGAGCAUCGGGCCUGUACCCAGCCUGGAGAAACUGUUUUAGUGACGGCAGCAGCUGGAGCCACAGGCCUCGCCGUGAUAGAUGUGGCAACAAACAUUCUUCAGGCCAAGGUAAUAGCUGCAGCUGGAAGUGAUGAAAAGUGUCAGCUGGCGAUGCAGAGGGGGGCACAGUCCAGCGUGAACUACAGUCGGGGCAGCCUUAAGGAGGCCGUGGGGAAGCUGGUGGGCAGUGGCGGGGUGAACGUGGUCAUUGACAUGGUGGGAGGAGACAUCUUCCUGGAGGCUCUCCGCAGCCUGGUAUAUGAGGGCAGGAUCGUGGUGGUAGGUUUCGCUGGAGGAACCAUUGCUUCUAUACCAGCCAAUCUUCUGCUGCUGAAGAGUAUUACUGCCAUGGGGCUGUACUGGGGCAGAUACCGGCGGCAGAACUUUCCCAUCUUCUCCAGAAGCCUGUCCUCAGCACUUCAGUACUGCCAAGAAGGGCGCAUCCAGCCACACAUUGGAGAGGUUUUUAAACUGGAAGAGGUCAAUGAUGCCUUCCUUCAUGUCACACAGCGUAAAUCCACAGGCAAGGUGCUUCUCUCCCUUAAAUAAAUUUUCACUUCAGCAAACUCAGCAUGUCUAAAUCCAAACUCAUCAUCUUUCCAAAGAAACCUGAUUUCCCAUCCAUGUUUUUUUCCAUAUUACCACCUUCCUUAUUAAUCCAGUUUCAAGAUCUUUUAGAGUCAUCUUUUAUUCUGUUUUCUUAUUCCUAGAUAGUGUGAUCAUGUACUUUAUUGUCCAGACUUGGACACAGUUGAGAGUGAAAGGAUGCUGUUAGUAAUUACACCAGGAGAACAGGUGUCCCAAGAUGUAUGAUCACCUAUUCAUAACGCAUCCAUGGCCAAGUUUUGUCAUCUCCACCUCUAAAAGUCUUACACACCACAUCCUCUUUUCCAUUCUGACUAAUCAUGUCAUACCUGCUAAUUCCAGUGACCUCCUAACUAACUUUCCUACCUUUAAUCUACCCCCUCCCUCUCCAUUCUUGUUAUAUGUUAUUGCCUUGGUGACCUUCCCAAAGUGCAGCUACAAUUGUGUGUUGUCUCAGAACCCUACAAUGGCUCACCAUUGUCUCCAUGGUGGUGUUCGGACUCCUUGAGCGAGCAUUUCACCAUGACCAGGAUUUUGCCCCUCUCUGCUUUCCGGCCCAUAUUGGACAGCAGCGUUGGUCUCUCAGUGUACACUGAGAUUGCUUGUCUCCUCCACCUUCCUCUUCUCAAGCUAUUUCCUCUUCUCCCUUAUCUUUGUUAAACAUAAGCCUUCCUGGCCUCUGAGACCUACCUCUGCCACGAGCUUGCUCCCUCAGGUGUGUGGCCAUCUCGUCUCUACUUUCCUAUAGCACCUCCCUCAGGCUGUGUCACAUUCUGCCUUGUACCAGCAGGAGUGGCAUGUAUCAUUUUCUCCUGAAAAGUGGAUGUUAUAGUCUCCACCUCACGAAGUUAUUCUGAGCAAUACAUGCAGUGAUUGGGCAAAGCACCGGCACACAGUAGGUGAUUAGCACUUGCUAGUUACUUUAGUUCUUUCUUUCUUCCUUUCCCAAGAUAGCAUAAGUUCCUAGAGAGCAGGUACCAUGUCUGAGUCACCUUUGUACCACACACACACCUAGCACAGUGAGUUACCCUUGAACUGAAUUGAAUUUGAAUGAUCUGAAAGUCUUAAAUUGUGGGAUUAAAUUAAGAACAUGUUACCUUGGGAACAGCCCACAUGUUCACCAACAGACCAAUGUAUAUACAUACAGUGGAGUACUAUUCAACCUUGAAAAAGAAGGAAAUUCUGACACAUUCAGAACGUGGAUGAACUUUGAGAACAUUGUGCAAAUUGAAGUAAGCCAGUCCCAAGAGGCCAAAUACUGUUUAAUUCCACUUAUGUGAAGUACCUAGAAAUGUCAGAUUCCUAGAAACAGAAAGUAAAAUUGUGCUUGCCAGGGCCUGGGGUAGGGGGGAGGAAAUGGGGAGUUAUUGUUUAAUGGGUCUGAAGUUCCAGUUUGGGAAGACGAGAAAGUUUUGGAGAUGAACAGUGGCUGCAAAACAAUGUAAACAUAGUUAAUGCCACUGACCUGUUCACUUAAAAAUGGCUAAAAGGGCAAAUUUCAUAUUGCAUAUAUUUUACCAAAAUAAAAAAUAAAAGAAUAUAUUACCCUCA